GGUUGCUAGGGUUGACUUCCUUUCCCACUCUGGGCCAUUCCCCCUCUGUCACAUCUUCCCUGGGUUCCGCUCCCCACGUCUCUACCCAUGAGGAGAUAGGCCAGGAGGACAGAGGCUGAGCUUUCCCAGUGUACAUAGACUGGAGCAUGCCAUCCCAGGGAGUAAAGGGUGCGCGGGAGCGGGCCAAAAAGAGUGCACCUGGAGCUGGUGAGAAAGGCAAGAAGAAGGGCCAGGGGAAUACAGAGCCUCCGAAGCCAGGCUGGGCCUUGACUCAGGAGAAGCUGGCGGCCAUGCUCCCCACACAUCGCCGCCGCCACCUGCUCUUUGGAGACCUGCUCGACGACGUAGGCGCGGCCGGUUCCCUCUUUCCACGCGAGUCGGUGGAGGUAUCCUACUGCAUGCCCGACCCGCGUACCUGGACGCAGGCAUUGGAACUACCAGCUGUGCGUCAGAAUCGGCUUCUGGGUGUCCUCAAGGCCGCAGAGGCCCGCAGCCGAGUCCGCGCCCUGAGGUUGCGCUACACCCGAAUGCGGGCAGAGGAAAUCACGCUCCUGAUUCGGAGUCAGGGCUCCGCGCGCGCCGCCAUCCGACUGGAACUGUUUCUACCACCCCAACUGAAGCCCACGAAGAUCCCCGAUCCUCUGGACCGACAAGAGGUACGGGCAAACCUAAAGACCGGUGGGAGGUCCUGUGCCUCGCCACACGCUGGCCCCAGCCCCUUUUCUCCGCAGCGGAGGCGUGUUGAGACAAUCCUGGAAGAGGCGGUAGAUGGCACCAUCUUCCCGCGAUGACCGCGACCUUGGCCUACAGGGACUCCGGAUUACGGCGGCUUCCCACCUUCUCACAUAAAGUUCUCUUCGGAGGA